AAUUCCAAUUUGAAAUGCCAUUCCUGAACAAUGACCAUAUUAGGCAAAGGGCUCACGUAACGACGUUGACGAACACCGCGCCCGACUAACGCAACUUCCUUUCUACUCCGUACACUCAAGAUGGCACCGCUAAAGCAGAAGAAACAGACUGUGGUCAAGAGGACCAAGAGGGGGGUGUCCUGGAAGUUCACCCUGGACCUGACCCACCCUGUGGAGGAUGGCAUUUUGGACUCGGCCAACUUCGAAACAUUCCUCAAAGAGAGGGUAAAGGUCAACGGCAAGACAGGAAAUCUGGCGAAUGUAAUCGAGAUCGCCCGCCUGAAGAACAAGAUCAACGUCACGUCACAGAAGCAGUUCUCUAAGAGGUACCUGAAAUACCUGACCAAGAAGUACCUGAAGAAGAACAACCUCCGUGAUUGGUUGAGAGUCGUAGCGUCAGACAAGGAGACCUACGAGCUGAGAUACUUCCAGAUCAGCCAGGAAGAGGAGGAGUCAGACAAUGACGAGUAGAACCAAGCUCCGCACACCUGCCCCAGCAUGUAGGACUGGAGACUGGCCGGUCCCACACACACACACGUCACCUGCGUGUGAGGGAAAGUAGUUUGAGAGACCUUUCUUUUUUUCAGUGGAUGGACUGCAAACUUCAGUAUGUUUCAUCAUGAGCUGGAGUCUUGAUAGGAUAAUAAAUGAGAUCAACAAAACAGUCA